AUGCUUUCAUUAUCUCACACAUCAUUGAAAUCAUCUUUUUCAUCGAUUUUAACAAGAUCAAAAUUUUCAACUUCUCCAUUUUUUUAUUCAAUCAACCAAAAGCCAAAUGCUGAAUUCAGAAAUUGCUAUUUUGCAAAAUACUUAUCAAGUGCCAUUAAAAUCGAUAAAGAUGCUUUUAUGAUCGGAAAAGUCUAUGAGUAUACAAGACAGGAUCUGAAAGAUGAGCCAGUUAGAGUAUACAAUAGUAUUUUCAGAGAGUUUGAUAUAAGAGAUAAAGCAGGAGCUGCAAUUAACGUUAAAUACAGAUUAAGAAUAUUUAACGCGCUAUUUAGUAAGGUUAAAGGCAAAUUAGCACCUGCAUUUGCAUGUAGUGAUGAAUUGGAAUGCGUUUAUACAACAUUUCAAAAUUGCGAAGCUUUUGAAGAAUGCGGCGUAUUUUUGGCAUCAAAUACCAACGACAUCCCCAUAAAACUCGAAUUAUCGACUUUUACAAUUGUUGUUGCUCCACAAUAUGGCAUAGCGAAGAUAAUUUCCGAUGGAAAUUUAAUAAUUAAAAAUACAAACAUGACGAAAGCAGGAUCAUCAAAUACAGGACUUUGCGAUGUUACCACCUCAAAAGCUCAAGUUUAUUACUCUUCUUUCGUCAGAUGUUCCACAUCAGGGCCAAACGGAGGUUUUGUCUUUAACAAACAGAAUUUCGCUGUUCAAUUCCAGUAUACAAAUUUUUACGCCAUUUCUCAGUCCGCUCAAGGCAAAUUGGCCGGAAAUUCGAUUUUUCUGUCAAAUGUUGCCGAAUCGACAAUUGAAAACUGCGCAUUCAUAAGGAACGCAGGUUUGCCUUCGAUUGCAGCCGAUGCAACUAUUUCUCUCAAGAUUAUAAAAUCAUGUUUCACAGGAAGAGAAAAUAAUGAGAUUAAAAGCAAAGAUUCAGACAUAUCUAAGUCAGGAUGCACAUUUGGAUCAGGAGAAUUGAACAAUCUCGCUGAUUCUAACCGUGAUCUUGGAUAUAUCGAGAACAGACCAUUCACAAACUACCAAAUUGAAAAAGGAAACGCAAACAAAGGCUCUUUCUUUGUUGAAAUUAUGAAGAUAUUGAUUGUUUCCAUAGCAUUUGGAAUUAUUGUUGUUAAUUUCAUUUAUUUCUUAAUUCAUCGCUUUGGACCAAAGAAACCACGCGCUUUAGAAUAA